AUGUCAGACCAAACAGACCCAGGACUACCAACCCAGUCCAUCUGGGACAUCCCAUUUGAGAACUUGGAGUUCAAAGAGAGGAUUGGAAAGGGCAGCUUUGGAUCGGUGUUUAGAGGCACCUAUCUUGGACUCGAUGUGGCCAUCAAGAAGAUUGAAAAGGCAGACGAUCCCGAAUACCUAAAGUACAUCGAUCGUGAGGUCUCAAUGCUUCAGAGUUUGAGACAUCCAUUCAUUGUCCAGUUCUCGGGUAUUUGUGUAAAUACAUCUGGAUUGUAUAUUGUCACCGAGUAUGUAUCCGGCGGUGACGUUAGACAGUUGUUGAAGCAGUCUCCACCCAUCACAUGGGAGCGUAGAAUAUCAAUCGCCGUCGACUUGGCCAAAGUACUCGUCUUCCUCCAUGCCAAGAAGAUCAUUCACAGAGACCUAAAGUCAAAGAACAUAUUGGUUGACGAGUACCAGAGGAUUAGAUUAUGCGACUUUGGAUUCGCCAGGAUGAAUGAGCAUGUCAAGAAGAACAGACAUAUGACUAUGUGUGGCACAGAGGGAUGGGUCGCACCAGAGAUAUUGUUGGGAAUGAGCUAUGAUACAUCUUGCGACGUCUUCUCAUAUGGAGUGGUGUUGGCCGAGUUGAUCACAGGAAUGAAACCAGGAACAAACAUCUGGGUACGCACACCAGACAGUUGCUUUGACAUCAACCCCGAUGAGAUGAAGCAGAACGCACUUCCAGGUUGUCCACAGAAACUCAUCGACCUUUGUCUAGAUUGUUGUAAAUAUGAACCAAGCCAGAGACCAAAGUUCGAUGAUGUCCUGUCUACGAUCAAGAACAUUGUCAUACCAGUCGAGGUGAAGUCACCUGAUACCACAGCUACAUCAGCUGCCACAGCUCAGACUCCACAAUCACAGACGACACAGACACAGACUACACAAGCACCACAACAGACAUUAUCACCGACAAUGGGACAGUCUAGAAGGGCAAUGUCCUCACUGCACAGGAAGUCAAUCGAAGUGAUAUCAUUGGAUCAGAAGGAGUUCAAGGGCAAGUCGAGUGGAGACUCAGUCUUGGUCACAGGCACCAACAACAAUUGGCGUGUUGGCGCACCCAAGCCUGCAUACCAGAACCUCAAGAAGAAGACGACAAAUGGUACGCAGACAGUGUCCACGAGCCACUUGGUCAAGAUGAUUGAGCGCGCCACAAGUGACUACUGCUACGACACGUCCUACAUCCAGGACCUUCUGCUUACAUACCCGUCGUUCGUCACGCCGCUCAACCUGUGCGACUUGCUUCAGCAGCGCUACCAAUCGUCGGCGCCCGACAACCAUGUGGGCCAGGUGGACAACUGGAAGAAGGUGCAUCGCGUCAUUCAACUGCGUGUCGUAAUCUUCAUCAAGCGAUGGAUUGAGCACUUCCCCGACGACUUCCAAGACCCAUUGCUCAUGGAGAAGUUGAACGAGUUUGAUCGCAUCGUAGUUCAGAACAACAUGGCUGCACUGUCAUUGACACAGAGUACCGGCACGAUCGUUGCCGGCGACAGCGAGCCGCGACUGGCAGGAGAGCUGUCCAAGAAGCGCGAGUCACUCACGCCCGCGGCCACCAGUUUGAUCCACGUUGUGCCACCCGAGAGCAUCCUGCCCAGCCCCUCAGCGCUCGCUGCUGGCGAGUAUCUCGAGGUGGUCGACGUCAGUGCCAUCGAGUUGGCGCGUCAGUUCUCGCUCACAAUGUCUACGUGCUACCUGCUGAUCCAGCCUCGCGAGUACCUUGAGAUCUGUUGGGAGAAGGUGUCAGACUCACCGUCCCCUUGGGUCGGACGUGAGCAGACUGGCCGCCCCGGCGCCAACAUCCACGCGUAUCUCGAGCGCUACGACGACCUGGUGCGCCUCGUGUCGACCGAGGUGGUCAAGCACUCGUCGCUGGCCAAGCGCACGGCCACCGUCGAGCGCUUCAUCGAGGCGGCCGACAAGUGCCUCUCGUUCAACGACUUUUCCAGCGUGUUCUGCAUCAUGGAGGGUCUCGCCAACCCAUCUGUCGAGCGUCUCACUGAGACUUUCAAGGCGCUGAGCGGCAAGGCACACGCCACACUAGACCAGCUCAAAGUGUUUGUGUCCAAGGACAACGACUUCCGCCGCUACCGCGAGCGUCUGCAGAACUCGCAGGCACCAGCCUUCCCUUACCUCAAGCUGCUGCUCGAGGAGCUGUACUUUAUCGAGACGAGCAGUCCCAAGCUACUGCCGGGUGGCGUCAUCAACUUCUUCCACUAUCGUGAACUGAGCCGCAAGAUCCUAUUUGCACACGAUCUCACCAACAGCUCUAUCCCACACUUCAAGAUCGUUGGCACCAUUCAACGACUCCUAAACAAGCCACCUCAAGAGUUGUUUGACGAUGAAGUAAUCAGGCACUAUUCCCUAACAUGUGAGCCUGUAUCACUCUAA